GCUUAUCCCCUGUAAUUUUUUGCCAUAUUUACUUUCUUCUAAAUGUAAAGCUUUGUCAACCAACCAUAACUUGUCUAUCUUAUCCAAACCCGCAUCUUAAAAUGCACUGUUAUCCUUUGCACGGUCUGCCCUUGGUUGCGACUUCUCGGUCUACGACACAGUUUUAGAUUGUGGGCAUAACAGAUAUGGCGACAUCAGCAGUUCUUUCUCCAGCAACAGUCACCAGUGCCAUGGCUAGGUGCGGCAGCAGAACCCAGAAGAGGAUGAAGAAGACGGUGUAUCUGAAUGGAUUGAAUUCUUAUGGAGGUCUUAAAGCGCACAAUAAGGUGGUGUCUCUCGGCCUACCACUGUGCACUGAGCAGUGCUUCGCAAAUGUUGUGAUCUCGCUCAACUCAAAGUCCAACAGAAGAGGUGGCGGCGCACUUUCUUCCACAUGCGAUGCCGCUUCUGAGAUAUUCAGGAUUGCUGCCAUCAUGAAUGGGCUUGUUCUGAUUGGGGUUGCGGUUGGCUUCGUUCUUCUGCGAAUUGAAGCAUGGUUGGAAGAAUCUGAGUGACUAUUCUUCUCUGCAAUGUUCAUUUCAUUUGUUUUGCUGUAAAUCAAGUAUGCAUGGAAACUUAUUUUAGUCUUUCGCGGUAAAUUUAUUCCUUAAGCUACAUUACUCAUGA